ACGGCCGAGUGAUAACGAUCAGACCGAUCAGUAGGCGAGCAGCGCGCUAGUGUGUGUCGCCCGUCGUGCGCGCUCGAAACUAUUUAUUAUUAUUAUUAUUAUUAUUAUUAUUAUCACUGUUGUGUUUAUCAUAUUAUUAUUUAAUAAUAAUAAUAAUAACAUUUUUUAACAUUAUAAUAAAUUAUAAUAAUAACGUUAUAUUGUACACAACGACGUCGACAACCACCGGUGACGUUCAGUGCAGCAGUGUCCAGACCAGUGUAAUAUCACUGGUCCAUGGUCCAGUACGCCACAAAACGACAACAUACGUCUACCCCGGACCCGUUGGCCACCACAGGAUCGAUCGCGUCUCGUCGCUUUUCAAUUCUCCCCUGCGAGAAAUACGUCCGUCCGACCGGCAGUCGACCAUAACGAAGAGAUUUAACCGCUUCGACCAAUUAAAAACGAGUACUACAGCAGAACACACCUGUCAUCUCAGCUUUCCUUUUGUCCACAACACCGUUCACCGCUCUUCCCAACGACUACCCUCGAUACAACCCCGCUCAGGGAUUUCGUUCUUAAUCAACCGCACUGUUUGUAUAAUGAAUAUUAGUUAUCUAUGGCAAAGAUGAGGUAUGCAGAUAUGCCCAGAGAUGUUUCUAUUGACAAUUUCCCUUCGCUUAACGUGUCUGAGAAAGUAAAGUCAAAGGCAUACGAUGAUGAUGAUAAAUUAGAACACUUAGUUUCCAACACAGAGUAUAGAAAAUUAACCACAUACAACUCUUUGAAAAAACAUCCAUCAAAUUUCUCAACUCCGUCGUGUGAACAAAGGCAUAGAAGACGUCUUUCAGAAACAUUAACAUGUGGUUUAGCAAGACAAUGUAAAACUCACAGUCUUCCUUGUAACAUGACAUUAAAACAUCCUUAUAGUGUUUCGCCGGUUGAUGAAAAAGAUGUUGAUAAGACUAAAGGUGUUUUGUCUCCUGGUAUACUUCCAGAAGAUUGGGCUGCCCAACUCACAUUAUUAGAUUUAAGUAUAUUCAGUCAAAUAUCUCCAGAAGAGUUGUCUUCGUGUUCUUGGAACAAAAAGCAAAAAUUAGAAGUUGCGCCAAAUGUAGUAGCAUUUACUAGGCAAUUCAACCAUGUAUCAUUUUGGGUUGUUCAAGAAAUAUUGAAAGGCACCACUCCAAAACUGCGUGCUGAUCUCAUCACUCAGUUUAUAAAGAUCUCCAAAAAAUUAUAUGACCUUAAUAAUUUCCAUUCAUUAUUUGCUGUUAUUUCCUCCCUUCAAAGUGCUUCAGUUUAUAGGCUAUCUAAAUCAUGGAACAAUGUGUCAAAGAAAGAUCGGCAAUCAUUUGAUAAAUUAGCCAAUGUUUUCUCAGAAUGUAAUAAUUGGAGGAAUCUUCGGGAUCAUCUAGAAACCUUACGUUUACCAUGCAUACCUUAUUUAGGUGUAUUUUUGACUGAUUUGGUGUAUGUUGAUAUGGCACAUCCUCAUAAAAGUAGUGGCUUAUUAGAAUCCGAAGCAAGGCGACUGAAAAUGAAUAACAUUCUAAGAGUAAUAUCACAUAUGCAGCAGAGUCGAUAUGAUCAUUUGAUUCGGUUUUCUAGAAUAAAUGAUUAUUUAAACUCAAUUAGAUAUAUUGAAGAACUGCAUAAGUUUGUUCAAGAUGAUCAAUAUAAAUUAUCAUUAAAGUUAGAACCUUUAUCCUGCCAAACAGAAAACUCUAGAGGUUCCAAGGAAUCUGUCAAUCAAGUGUUGUUAGAUUCAUUGAGUUUAUCACCAGCAAAAUCAACAGACUUAAUGCGAAUAAGAAAAUUUUCUUUAUGCAAGCAGCAGCAGCAGCAGAAAACAAAUUGUUCAAAAUAUCGCAGUGCAAGUUUACCGCGUAGUUUUCUUAAAAAACCUGUGAAUCAAUCUGCAGUGUGUAAUAAUAAUAGCUUGAUCCAUAAAUCUGAUGAAGGAAUAUUGUCAACUGUAAACUCAAGGAAUUUACUUGAUGACUCGCUCAUUGAAGAGAAUACAUUAGAUCUGUCUAACUUAAAUCUAUCACCCUCUCAAACAUUGAAAGGAGCCCAUAAAAUAAGUUUAGAAAGUUGUUUAAGGCGUAAAGUGGUUUUGAAAAAUGGACGAAAACCAGCUGUGACAACUUGGCAGCGUUAUUGGAUACAACUAUGGGCAUCGGUAUUAAUUUAUUAUUCACCCAAGUCAUUUAAAGGUUGUAAUAGAAAUGACUUUAAACGAGAGCCAUGCAAACUUUGUCCGUUAAAAGGAUGUACUAUUAGUCUUGGUGAUAAUCCAGAUACAUUUUUAAUCAAGCAUCCUGAUCAAAGAAAUACUUAUAAGUUUCGAGCUGAGAGUGACAAUACAGCUUUACAGUGGUAUAGAAGAUUGUACCAUGCAGCACAGUCAGUACACCAACCCGACACUAAAUUACCCGAUAACCUUAUAAGUUUCGACUGAUUAGUUUUUAAAUUUCAUGUGAGUUUUUUACUUAAAAAUAGAAAAAAAAACAACUUAAAAAUCAGAUUAUUUUAUGAACACAACCUUUGAGGUUAAUAUAAUACAUUAUAAUAUAAAUAAUAUCUAUAUAAAAGUUAAAUUGUACUAAAAGUGAUAAUCGUUACCAAAGAUGAUUUUUAGAUAGAAUAAUAUAAAUAUAAAUAUAAAAUAUUAAGAUUAAGUUAGGUUAGUGUAAGUGGUUUAAUAUAGAUUGAAAUUGCAAUAAAUUAAAAAAAUGACACAAUAUUUUAAAACACAUAUCAGAUGUUUUAAAAUUAAAGACUUAUCUUUUUUGAAAAACAUACAAUACAUUUCUAUAUGAAGUAUGAAGUAUAUAAUAUUUUUUACAUUUUUUGCCUCUUGCCUAAAAAUAAAAUUAUAAAAUUUCUUGCCAUAUAAUUAAUUGUGUUGGGAUUUUAACAUACUUAAUUGAGUUAAUUUACCUGAUUGAUUUUAAUUGUUUACAACUUCAAAUGUAUGUUUAUCAACAUUUUAUAUUUUAAUUGCUUAGUAUCUUUAUUAUCUUAUAUUAUAUUUAACUUUAGUAUGAUGUUUUUUACUUUUUGUUACUCUUCUUAAGUCUGACUUUGUUUUUAUUUAAAUAAUUAGCUUGAAUAAUAUUUUAUUUCAUAUUUCAGUUUAUUCUAUUCAGUUAUUUCUGAUUGCAAUUGCUUCUUGUGAAAAAAUAAUUAUUAUCUUUAAUCUAAUUAUAUAAUAAUAAAAUAUGACUUAUAUAUUUCAGUUAACAAAAUACAUAAUUAUUCUAUCAUAAAUUAUUUAAAAUUUGUGUUUAAACCCUGCUACUUGUUCUCCUACAAGAUUAUAAACAAUCUGAGUUUAGCAGACACCUAUCAAAAAAUUUGAAUAACAUAUCUCUGAAUCAUAAAAUUAUUAAGUUUGCUCUGACUAAUGUUAUUAAUCUAUUAAUUGUUUAAAAUUAUUUUAUUUUUUACACUGGCUGUUGUUUAUAUUAUUACAUAUGUAUUUAGUUAAGAUUAAAUAUUAUCCACAAAUGCUUAAAUUAAGUUGUGAAAUGCACACACAAAUAGUCCUAAAAUAAAAUAAAAAUGGCCAAAGCCUAAGUUCCUUAUACUAAAAUAUUUAGAUAGUUAUUAUGAACUAAAAUCAUUUAUAAAUUAUUUUUUUAGAAAUUUAAUUGAAAAAAAGGAUGUUUUGUUAAUAUAUUUUCUCAAGCUAACUUUAUUUUUGUUUUGCCAAAAAAAUAAUUAAGUAGAAAAUGUGUUCUUUGAUAUCAUAAAACAUACCUGUAUUAUUAUUUUUAAAACAUAUUUGAAAAUAAUUAAAUGAAAAUAGCAGUUUCGUAAAAUAUUAAUUGAUCAUUUUUCAUUAUAAAUAAUCAAUUAUAAUGGCAUUUAUGGAGUAGGUUGUGAACAGACCUUAAAUAUUUAAACAGUUGAGACAUUUGGGUAUUAUAUAAAACAUUUCCGAAUAACCAUGAAUUUUUUUUUAAGUAUUAUAUUUUUGUACGCUCUUGUUCUACUCAUUUAAUUGAAUUUUUGAGUAUUAUUUUUCACGAAAUUAAUAAGUUUAUCUAUCAUCUGGUAAUAUUUCCCAUUAUUUAUUAAUUCAUGAUUCAUAUUUGCCUAAGUAAAAAUACCUUUGCCAAAAUUGUAAAUUAUUUUUACUCAAAAAUGAUAACAUUUUGUGUUUAAAAAGUGUCUGUUUUUAAAUAAAAAUUAUUUUUCACUGUCAUAGAUCUAUAAUUAGCCAAUAUAGUUUAAGAUCUCUAAUAGCACGUAAGUUGUGAUUAAAUCAAUAAUAAUAAAAUAAAAACAUUAAUAAUAUGAGUGAUACUUAAUGAGUUUCAUAGAUUAAUAAGAUUUAUUAAUAGGUAUCAUAAUAAAUUAUACAAUGUGCUAAUAUUUUGGUUUUCUACAUAACUUGAGUUAAAUUUUAUUUGUUGUAACCAAUUAUAUUAGCGAUUUUGUUUUUUUCUGUUUUAAAUAGAUUCAGAUUUUGUUGUGUUCAUUUUUAAUUUAACUGUUUUAUUGUUAUCAUUAUAAUAUAGCAUAUUUUUAAGAAGGUUAAUUUACGAUAAUAUUAUGAUUUUAUUUCUCAACCAGGAGUUUAAUUGUAGGUAAUAAUUAUUGUACCAUAUUAACAAAAUCUGAUUAUUUUUAAAGUAUUAAUUUUUUGAAGACAAGACAACAUUGUCGUCAAAAGACAUAUAAUGUGUAUACUUAUGUUAUGGUUAGCGGUUUUAUAUUGUUGUGCUAAAUGCUUAAGUUGUAUAGAUUUAUAAAUCUGAGCAUGUAUUAGACCAAAUGUUUAGUCUUUUACAUAGUGUUGAAAUAGUAAUUUUCUUGUGGACUUAUGAUAUUAUACAUUUACCAAAAUCGAUCUCAAUUUAAAGAAUACAAUGAUGUCUUUAAACAAAAUAAUUUUAAAAUAUUGUAAUGUUUUUAAAGUAAAUGCAAAUAAACAAGUUUAAUUUCAAAAAUCUAUUUACCAAGUAAAAUAUAUAUAAAUAAUAUAUUCACAAUUGGUUUAAAGUAAUAAAUUGGAGAGAAAAAAUUGUUCUCAUUACCUAAUUUAGUCCAUUUUAGAAUUAUUAUCUAUCUGUUGACUUGUAAAAUGGAUAACAAAUGUAUACUUAAAACAUCCUUUUUCUGCCAGCGUUUAAUUGAAAUUACUAUUAUUGUUGUCAAACAUGCCUGAUGCUUUGUUCAUGCUUUUAUUCCAAAACAAUUAGUGAUGAGUUAUAAAUUAUAAUAGGCAUGUAAUUGGUGCCACUGUGUUUGUUUUGUUAAAUCGUUGUGUUUCAAAUCGGAUAUAAACUGUUGAUUAUUAUUGUUUAGUAAUAUGAUAAUACAAUAUGAUAUAUGUAGAGAUACCUAUAUAUGUUUAUUUAUUGAUGUUCGAAAAUGUUAAUAUUUACCUAUUCUGAUGGCCUAUGAUUACUAUUUUAUAUAUUAUUUAGUUGUGUACUUGUGUAUAAGUGUAUAACACAUAUUUUAUUUUAUUCUUUUAGAUGUAUAAAAGCAAUAAUUAAACGCUUAAGAUUAUUUAUUUGUACAAUACUUAUGUAUAUUGUCCACACACAUGUCAAAAUAAUAAAACGUCCUAUAUAAU